AUGCAGAGCAUGAGUGACACGGUUAAUAGUGAACGGCAAACUCUUGCUCCUAGGCACUUGCCCAUGGCAGCAGAACAUAAAAGGCUUGCUAUUGCCGGUAAUUCUGUCAGUGAAUUUGCAUAUUACUACCAUAUUGAGAUGCGCACUAAAACUUCACGGUACAGAAAAUAUUACGCAGAUUGUUUGGGCACUCUGGUCUCCCACCGUGAAAAAUCCGCGGACCACAUCCUACCGUAUCACCGUAUACUACCACAUAGAAUUGUAGCUUCCGGAUCUGCCGGUGCCUUAACAUUGAUCCGCGGCACAUCACCGGAGACGGUCAGUGGCGCAAGAACAAUUUGCGUCGACCUUCUCGACGGCAACCAAAUGAUGGAAGCGAAUUCCUCCUUUGACGCUAGAGCGGCAGCUUCUGCCACUGAUGGAGCUGCACGAGGCAGUGAGCCACUGGAUGGCAAAAAGGCAAGCGCAGCAGCAGAUGUACCCGGAGGGCAAGCAGGACGCGAACAUACACAACAGGAAACUUACUGGGACAGUCUAUUUUCUGGGAAUGUAUGUUGCAAGUUAUGGUUCACAGUACCCCGAGCUUCCACCAAGAAGCUUCUCUCUCGUCUAACUGACCUCCUGAGGGCUGCCAUUGUUGACCAGAGAGAAGAGAUAAACUCCCAUAUUCCAAUUGAUGUCAUUAGGACAUUAGCCGGACACACCAGAGGUAAAGUGUGCAUAGUGAAUCAUAAAUCAUUCUGGCCUCACCCCCCUACUUUGUUGCAUCUAUUUGGAGAUUUGAAGUUGUAUUGGGCGGAGAAGCGAGUGCGAAAUUGGCGAAAGAGGAGUUUAUGCUGGGGAUAUCAUGGUCUCGGUUGCAUCAGGCCGCGCGCUUUAGGCUUGGAAGAGAACAAUGUCGCUGAGUCAGCUCGCGCAACGGCAAUGAAUAACAGUAAAGACGAAAGCAUGCUGGCCAUUUGCAGCGGUUUGCCUGCUGAGGAGGCUCGCAGGACGGGGGCACCAGAGAAACACAAAGCAGCAAAAAGAAGCAAGCAGGAAAAAGAAGCGGCAUCACAUACAGUAAAGCAAGGGGGGGGAGGCUUGAGUUGGGGGCGCGCGUUCAACUGGAAGGCAGUGUUUGCAAAGCACAACGUGAAUUUGUGUUUUGACAAAUGGGUGGAUCUGGAGUGGCUUCCAAACAACGCUGACAGCAACGUCCGUCCCUCCUCUCUUCUUAGCCUCCUAGAAGACGAAACAUUCGCAGCCGUGGACCUUCAAGGUCGAAUUCUAGUAAAAGAAGGAAAGGGAGAAGGCGGCAGAGACAGUGACAGCAGCCGGAAAGGGGAGAUUCAUGGGACUGUGGCGGAAAUUUGUAGCAAGGGCACAGCAGGGCAUGAUACCACCAGAAAAAAGCCGUGGGAAACCGAUCCGAAUGCUAGCUGCAUUCGAAUUGUUCGAAGUGUAUCUCCACAAAGAUUGGGAAAGAGCAGCACAUGUACACAAAUUGACAUUUCGCUGCGAGUCCAAGAAAGCAAGCCAGACCAAAGUAGAGCCACAGUCGAAGAAAUGACUGCCACUGAGGCCACAGCAGGUGGGAAAGAGGAUACGGUAGUGCUUCCUGCUUGUCUGUUUUCGCGUGUUGACACCCCACUGAAAUGCACUGUUUGUGGCUCUAUUUAUCCUUCAGCUUCCGGUUCGUCCCCGCCACCUCUAACACUUACAGAAGACGAAACUAUGGAAACGAGUAGAGAUCACUUGGCGACAGUUGAGUUUCAAAGGAUGUGGCCGGUGUUUAUUCGUAUCGACAGACAGACCCGCACUCCUGUAUCGUUCUCGCCUUCCGGAUGCACUGCUGCCUCUACACCCGAGGUUGAAGUUCUCUUUUUAGGCUGCAUUUUGGAAGCCUUUCAUAUGCGCCUGAAGACUCAACAAGAUAUUUCUGGUUGCCUGAGCGCGAUUGCUGACGUGACAAAAGCAAAGGGAAAACAAGCGCCAGAGAAGGAUGUGGAAGAAGCGACGCUGGCAGCCUCCUCUCAGGUGUAUGUGAAAUAUUUGCCUCGCACUCUGUUCGAGCCUGCCCCUUCUUUCGGAUCUUCACAAUAUUCAGAAGAACACACAAGGAGAAGAGAAAGCCCCAGCGGAGCAUGUGAAAGCACCGGCCGAAAAGCAGCAGGUCAGUUUUUGUCGAAUGCGUCGGCGAAUAGUGGUGUAUCGCCUUUCGAUUGUACCAGUGCCUCCAGAAACUCAUUCGGUACGCAUGACGAUAGCGUUGUCGAUGUUGCUGUUUGCCGUUUUCAAGUCACACUAAUAAGGCUUCGAUGA